ACUGCCAGGGGUCGGUGGUGGUGAGCUGUGUUCGGCCCGCUCUCUGUGGCACUCCCAGGGACCCCCGCCGCGACCUUCUAGGACUCCCACAGGACUCCUCUAGGAUCCAUGUCAAAUAGUUAACUUGAAGGAGGAGGAACAGUGAGAUAGAAUGAUGGAGAAGUGAGAUAAUUAAGUGAGAGAAAAAGUGAGAUAAUGAAGAAGUGAGAGAAAAGUGAGAUAACUCGAACUAAGUGAGAGAAAAAGAGAAAAUACUUCGUGUUUAUCAGAGUACAAAACGGGUAUCAUCGACUAGACAACAAUGGUUAAUGCCAAUGGAAUUUUAUGGUUAUUGAAUGGAAAACGUAGAACAGGGAUUAAGAAAAUGGAGAACUGUGGUUAAUGAGAAAUAAAUGAAGAAUAAUGAUGAUGGGAAAAUACAGCAAAAUGUUCUUUGAAGUAAUGAAUGAUUGGGAGAAAAAUGGUGAAUGAUCAGUGAAGGAGAAGAGGAAGAAGUGUGGUUAACGAGGAAAUUAACGAUGCAUCAAAACGGUGUUGAACGGUAGGGAAACAUGACAAGACCACGAGAGGGUGAUUCAUUACCCUGAGGCCCUGACACCAUGUAUACAACAGUUAUACAUAAUGUAUUUACAAUAGUUAAGUUUAGGGUAGAAAUGUACAUACAAUUCAAAAUAUUAUUUAUUAAGGAAAAUGAGAAGCAUUUAUGUGUUGAGACUCGACCAGGGGUGUGAGAUGACUUUUAUGGCUCAACCUGCGUGGCUCUGAGCGGUUCUCCGUCAGUGAGUGAGUCAAACCAGGUCAGGUAACAUAGAGCUGACUGACACAGGUGAAGAUGUUUUCUAAAGUGUUUAAAGUAGACAAGAAGUGUCGGGAUGGUGGUCGUCCAGAGCGCCCCGCCUCGGCCAGCGACCACCACCCAGCCUACUAUCCUCUACUACCGUCCUCGCUCCAAGAUCACAGGAAACGGGUGACUAUCCAUGACACUCAGGCACAAUCCCUGGAACAAGACUUGGACCUGUUGGAGCUGGUGUGUCGCAGUGACAGUCUACACAAGAGGCUGGACGAACUGCAGGCCAAGUACGAGAGGGUGGACGACGGCAUGGAAAACCUGACGAGCAGAGAAGCCCACAUCAAGCACCUCAGGUCAGUCAAGACCAAGAAGCCAGCCUCGGGGCUCUUCAAUGCCAUGAGAACCUCCAAGUCGUUCGAGGAAGGCGAGAAUACAAAGAAACCCAACUUCUUUAAGAGGAUAUUCGGCAACAGGUUAUCUAAGAGCGAGGACGACUUGCUGGAUAAGUCGCCGCCCUCGUCAUCCGUAGCACACGACGAAGUCAGCGAUAGCGAGGUGCCACCGACACCGCCGCCCAUGAAGGAACGACGAUCAGCCAGUGAGGACAUCUUAUCCACCCACGAUCUACUGCUGCGGGGACACGAGAAGCGGCAGAGUUGGUGCGCGGAAUUCACGGAGCGAGAGAUGAUGCCACCGCCAUCCAGCGCCGACCUGCAAAAGUCUGGCCUUAAGAGGAAGAGAGUGAUCAAGGUGUAUAAUCUUAGUCCAUUAGACCAGAAGGACCCCAGGAUGGGCUCCACGGAGUCCUGCAGCGACUCUACGGAUUCUGAGAUGGAAUUCAAAUCCAGAUAUGGCAGCGGAAACUUGCGUCGGGUGAGCAGUGGCUCCCAGCGGCACUAUACACACCGUGAGGAGCAACCGGGGGAGGACUGCUGCCAUUAUGCCAACGUGGAUGUUAUCAGGGAGUGUAGACCUGACUCCCCCGACCCCUACAAACACCCGGAACACAUUAACCAGGUAGACGGUGCUGGGGGGAGUGAGGAAGCCCUUGUGUCUCAUGACUCACCUUCCUGCAUCACCCGCCAGAAUUCCAGAGGCCUCAGAGGCACCCCCAAGACUACCCGGGGGGAGGCGACGACGUCGAUCCACUUCAGGAGACAGAAUGACUUAGAUGUAGAACGAGGCGACAGAAGAAAAGGCAGAGCUGACAUGGACAACGUGAAUCUUGAUAAGAACGACGAAGACAUAGGUGAGGUGAAGGAGGCGACGAUAAGACGGUGUGUGAGCAGUAAGGGCGGGACAAGAUCUCGGGAAAGUUCACCUUCUGUAGCGGCGAAGACACAAACUCUUCCUCGAGUUGAGAGUAGAAUUCGACCCAUCCUGAAACACACCGGCCAGAGCUUUGACAGCGAGGUGUUCAACAUAUACAAGAUGGGUCCUCUUCUGUCGAGAACUCCCAGCUCAAAGGAGGUACUGCUCACUAGGACACCCAGCACACAGAAGCACUCCAGGACUCCCAGCUCACAGGAACUUUCCAAGACUACCCACGACUCACAGGAUCUUCUAUUUUCCAAGACUUUGAGCUGCCAGGAGCUGUCUAAAGCUCCCAGUUCUCAGGAAACAGGACUCAGCAAGGCUCCCAGCUCACAGGAACUGCCCACGAGACUACCAACGAAGGCAUCCAUCCAGGAGUUGGACCACUUCCUGACGGCUAUCAUAAAGAACUUGGAGUUGCAACUGGAGGCGGGAGGUAGCGUCGCCUUCAAGCCCCGAACAGCAGGAGGAACUCUGGAGGGCAUCAAGAGGAAGAGGAAGAAGAGAAAGGAAGACAUACUGGGAGAGGAAAACAAGAUGGAGGCUUUGGAAGAUUCACCCAGGAAGUGUAAGAGGAUGAGUGAGUGUGGCGCGUGUGGACGUCGCUGGGUAGAGCCACGCCUUCUACCCUGCCUCCACACCGUCUGCACGCCCUGUCUACACGCCCGCGCCACACAUAUCACCCCUACGCCUUCAAACCCCGCUCAGAAUGGCUCGUCCACAUACCCCAGUGCCACAGACAAAAGCCAGAUCACGCCCACACCCACACCAAGGAGUAACAGCAGAAGGGCGUCACAGGAGCAUGAAGGAGGGGGCUCACUUGUCCUCUCUACUGCACCCACUACCUGUGCUACCUCACCCACACCACCCACUAUGACCUACAACGGUGGUCUGCUGAGUAGACACUGGAAUGGGGAGGGCAGCAGUAGCACUCACCUGUCACUCGGCAGUGUCAGUAGCGUCAGUAGCAGCGUCAGUAGCACCACAACUUCCAGGGACCAACACACCAACACCACAACUACUACUGCUAUUACUACUACAACUGACACUAAUAGUCAGCCAGGCAUUAAUGCAAACCAAGAAGAGUUACCUCGGGGAAACCAGCACAGUCAUAGAGAGCAAAAGCAGCAGUGGACGGCUUCCACCGACUUGGAAUCUGUUAUUGAGCUGCUGACAAACCUUUCCCCAAACUCCUCAUGUAAUAACAAUCCGACCCCUAAGGUGACCAUAACGCCCACACCAAGUGAAGGUAACACUCUCAGCAAGCCCACACCUCCAGUAUGUAGCGAGGAUGAUGCGCUGUCUCCAUCUAGUACGAUAGAUUCUAGGUGUUCCUCUAGGACAAGAUCGAGCGAACAGUCCUCUAGUUGUGAAAGCAUUCAGAAGAGUAAAGGCACUUGGGUUGUGUGGUGCCCAGAGUGUGGGUACGAGGCAGAGGUUCCUGUGGGAGGUGUCGAGUGUUUCCCUCUCAACUAUGUGCUACAGAAGCAGUUGGUUCUCGAGGCUCUCAACUCAUCCUCGACCACUGUCUUUUGCGACCUGUGUCAUGAUGAUGUAGUGGCUGAGGAACGCUGUGAUACCUGCCCUGUAAACCUGUGUCGACUUUGCAGCCAUGCACACACACGUCAGCGGCGCACCACUCACCACACCGUCAUAUCUUUACAAGAAGCAAGAAAUUUAGGCAUCCGAGAGGUUGCUCACACUCUCGUCUGCGCGACCCAUGGUGAAGGGGAGGUCGGGUGGUGGUGCCGCGGGUGUAAUGAACCACUGUGUGCGUCUUGUCUUGCCACCCUCCAUCGUGGUCACCCGACCGUCACAGUUGACCAGGAGGCACCACAAGCACGCAGGAAGCUCACCACGUUGCUCGACCAAGCCUCAUCCAGAAUGAGCGACCUUUUAACCACAGUCGAGGACCUGACGGGAGCGGCCACAAGAGUGCAGCAACGAGGUCGUGUUGUCAGCGACCAAGUCAAUGCAUUUAUUGAUGACUACAUAAUGGCUCUGGAGGAACACCGACACACACUACUCAGACAGGUACGCCAAGCAUGUGAACGCGCACAGCGAGGCAUUGUGACAGAAUCUCAGAGGGCGGGUCAGACUGCAUCAUGGUUGAGACAGGGAUGUGAUCUUACGCACGAUCUCCUUCAUCACGCCGGGGACGCUGAGGCUCUCGCUCUUGCCCCACUUGUCACCCGCAGAUUACAGACUCUGCUGGGCGAGGAAGUGAGGGGUUGGUUGCGGUGGGAGAGGUUAGCACUCCUUCGGGAGCACCGGGCAGGCAAGGUGCGGGGCCAUCGCAUCCAGGGUGUGAUUGCAGAUGCUCCAGCUCAUCCUGCAAGCUCAAGGCUGAAACCUUUAUGUGAUGUCAGCAGUUUAGUCGUGGGAUCAAAAGUGUCAGCACUGGUUGUAGCACGGGACGUUGACGGUCAGCCAAUAACUCACGGUGGAGAAGAAGUAUCUACCAGUGUUCUGACCCGAGAUGGGACCAUCUUAUGUGGCUGUUCAGUUCGAGACCGUGAGGAUGGGUCAUAUGAAGUCAUCUUUAGCCCCCCUGUCCCGACUGCAGCAGCAUUACAUGUUACCAUUCAAGGUGUUCAUGUGCAGGGAAGUCCUCUGGAGCUAACGAUAACAUCAGGGGUGAGCAGCAUGGCCGCUGCGGACACUAACAAAGAAGCAAACUUAACUUCACCUGGUCGACGACACACAGGAAUUUUCCACUGCUGUACAUUCUGUUCAAGUGGUGGUGAUAAGACAGCCUCUUGUGCCUGUGGGGCAACCAUGCCAGGGGGAUACCAGGGGUGUGGCCAUAACCAUACAGGUCAUCCGGGUCAGAAACACUGGUCUUGCUGCGCCCAGACCAACUCCUCAGCACCUUGCUCACGCCCACCCUCACAGUAUUACCAAGUUACUCUUUGAAAGUGCACCACCCAUCAGUAAUUAUUUGAAAAUGUUCUUAUCAAACGGUAUAAUUACAAGUUACAGUACUUUGUGAAAACUGUACAUGGACGAAUUAACAGUGAUCCGAGUACAGUAUUACUUCUGUAAAUCCAACCCACAUAAAAUGAUGGAAAUAUAUUUUAAUGAAUGUAAAUAUAUAUUUUAAUGGGUUUGAUUUACUUCUUACUCUUUGAAAAUGCAUCCAUCAAUGCACUUACUUGACACCAUAGCAAGAUGACUGGCAGAAGGCCUUCUUGACCAGUGUAACAAAAAAGGUGCAAGAAUUACAGGUAUAUAUAUUUUUCAUGUGUUAAUCUUGAGCAUAUUCAGUAUUAAUGCUCUCUGGAGUAUAUCAUCCUCAAAUAACAAGAGACUGAUAAGUAGGGUGAAGAGUUAUAUCUUUUCUUAGGUUUUUAAAGCUGUAACUGUAGUGAAUAUAAUCAUGUACAAUACCUAAGGCACCCUGGGGGGGGGGAGAUAACAAAGGAACCUGGAUGACACUGUUAAAGGAACCAUACUAUGAUAAGGUUGUGCCUAUCAUAGCAUCAGUAUCACAAAUAACUUCCACCAUCAAAAUACAGAAUCAUUAUACAGUGCAUCAUCCAGAAUAUUGUGUUAUAUUAUCAACAGGUGGGGACGGAUCCUCAUCUCUGCAUACACACUUCCAAGUUUACAGAUUAUCCCGGGAUAAUGACAAUUUUACAGCCUGCUUGUAAAGAUUGACAGAAACAUAUAAAUCACAAUUGUAAAUGAAUCCACAUUGAUAGAUGAAAACUUAUAUCUUGGCAGUACUGUAGAUUCUAAGGCCAUUGACAUCCUCUUAAGAGUUAUAUGAGCAAGACAUACAUGUACCCAGAUACAUACGGACAGCCCUAUACAUCUUCCAGUUGCAAGUAGUUGUGAAAGUAAAUCUAGACAACAAGCAUUAUUUGUAGCUUCACUCAUACUCAUAAUUGUAAGAGGAUAUACAGGCUUGGAAACUACUGUUGAAAUAUUAGUUUUAAUGUUUGAAGGUAUCAUAUAUGAAUUUGAUAUUCAGAUUACUGUGAAUCCCUUCAAGUCUUAACAGCCUGCAGUAAACCUUUCAUUAUGCUGGGAUUCCCUUCAUCCUAAUCCUGGAUUCUGAUAUUCACUACAAAUACAACUUUCAAUGCCAAAUAAGUUUCAGUGCCAAAGUAAAGACUAUUUAAUUAAAGUUUUAAGCCAGUCCUCUUUAUCUGAUGAUAAUGUACUCCAAUAGGUCUUAUAUGCAGGAAGAUGCUACAAGAGAACAUUUCUGUACUAAAAACUGAAAUUUUGGCAUUUUUUGGUGUGGGAAGUGCAUUUGGAAGGUGCAUCAUGUUUAAUUACCUGGUACCUGUACUUGAAUAUUAAUUACCCAAUUUACAAUGUAUUGUAAUUGUGAUUUCAGUCAGUUUUACAAUAAUUGACAGUGAAGUCAUGAUUAAUCUCAACUGUUUUAAAUUUAUUAUUUACUCUGUACUGUAUUACUGUACUGCCAAAGGUGAUAUAUAAUCACCUCAAGAUGUUAAAUAAAUUAUAUAUGACA